UGUACUUCUUACUAACACACACAAGUUCGAAUAUCAAUAAUCUAUGGGAAACUUAAACAUAUUUGUGCAAGUGUUAUAACUGGAUUUAAAAAAAAAGUUGUGAAACAUACAGUGGAAAGCAACAGUUUGAUUGGAUUUUAGAUUAAAAUUUGUGUGGUAACGGGUGAUAUCAGCCAGGAAUACCUCCAAAGAGAUUGAGUUAACAAAACGGUAAAAAAAUAAGGUGUUUUCUUAAAACGGCUGGAUAAAGGUAAUGUAUAGACAGCUAUGGUGUAAACAAAUGUGAUACGGUACAGACUUGUGAAAAGAAAUAUGGCAGCAGCAAAACAGUCACCAUUUGAGAGUGUGACAAUCAACCUAGAACAUGAUAUUGAUGAACAAUACCAGUAUCAACCAGGGGAGAUCAUCAGGGGGAAAAUUGGUAUCCAGCUACAUCGAAGCACACUGGUACAAUCUGUGUACCUUACCAUUACUGGUGACGGUAUAUGUGCCUGGGAGGAUGACUACCUUGGUUCAUUGGAAUCUAAAGAAAACUACAUUGAUGCCACACAGGCAAUAUUUGAUGCUGAAGGACUAGCCAGAUAUCUAGAUACAGGAUUCCACCAUUUUCCGUUCGAGUACAGACUGCCGGAAAAUAUACCAUCAUCCUUCAUUGGGAAAUUUGGCAGUGUUACGUAUAUUCUAAAAGCCGUCGUUGAAGGUGAUCGGCCAGGGGACACAACAAUAGCUACUGAACCCUUUCUUGUAAUGCGUAAAUGUUUACUACCGGAAAAUCUGUCUGAGCCACGUAAGAUAAAACUAGCUAAAACUUAUUUUUCAAUGUGUUCAUGGGGAAAAGUGAAAGCUGACAUACAUAUAGAUCGGACAGGUUUUGUACCAGGUGAAGAUAUUUGUUUACAAGCAGAGGUACAGAACCAUAGUCCAUUACGUAUUACAGCCAUACAGGCGGGACUUAUGAUGGAAAGUGUUUAUCAUGCUCAGAAAAAUCUCAUUUCUUAUAGGCAAAUUGUAAACAAACGGCGCGAUGACUUUGAGCUCAUCGACGGAGACGGAAGACGCUGGCAAAAUGUGAGAAUUGGUAUUCCAGCCUAUGUACCAGAAUCUUUCCUUGAAGGCUGUGAUAUCAUUGAGCUGUCAUACAAAUUUCAGUUUCGUAUUGAAUUAUCCAGCGGGAAAGAACUGAAAGUUGAAAUACCAAUUACUGUUGGUGCUGACCCCAAGGGAUUAGCACUGCCUGGUCCCAAUAAAAAUGAUGAAAAUGUUAAUAUUCACUGGACAAUGGGACCUAGAGAUCUAGCAAAGAAACAAAUUGAAGAACAAAGAGAAAUGAGUGCAUGGACAGUAGCAUCACCUGAAUUCCGUGAUCGUGAACAGGUCAUGAACCCUUUAUUUAGAAAUGAAAGUGAAAAACUUAGAAAUGGCGAUAGACCACAUUUAGAAAGUUCUGGUUUCAAUCAUGAUGACUAUGAAGAUGAAAUUGCACCCGAUUAUCCAGGAAGUGAAGACACUAGGUUAUAAAAUAUUCAUAUAAGCUAUGCAUAGACAGAAAUGAGGAAGGUGUUUCAACAAAACAGAUUUCUAUUUUACUGCACUGAGCUCAAGAUUAAUUGCAUAAUUGCUCGUAUGCACGUAAAUCAACAUAAUGGUAUUUAAAUAACAGUUUAUCAUUGCUUAGUUUUUCAGUGUCCAGACUGCUGAUUUUAAAAUAUAUUUGCAUAUCUUGAAUUUCAUCAGAUAAUUUACAUAUUUGUAAAAAAAACAGUAUAAUAGAAUAGGUGAUAAAGGGCAUGAAAAAUUUGCAAUUAUUUUUAAGUAAAUCUUUUAAAAUGAUUUUUAAAUUGUAAUAUUUCACAAAUUACUGAACACAAUUUUAAUAUAAAAAAAUCUGUUCCAAUAACCUUUGACAAUUUUAUGCUAAUCAAUAGGCAGCUAGAAACAAUAAUUUCUAGGCAAAAAUCUCUGCUGAUAGAUUGGUAACAUUAUACAAAAUAGUGACUAUUUUCUGGCUUUUCAAACAGCUUAUUAUAUCAAAGAAUGGUGUUAACAUGAUAGCUUCAUUGUAAUGGUUACUUAGGACUGUUCUUGUUUCUGGCAUCUUUGGAAUCAUUAAUAAUCACAGGGUGGGGAUGGGGGAAUAAUCAUAGGGUGGAG